AUGAAACCAAUACCAGAGCCCAAGAUACCAAGCUACCUCCCAAUCGCAAACUCUCAUGGUCACCAUGCACAGUCAUCAAUCCCAUUCAAACUCUGGCAAAAGGCCGGUUCAAAGAAAAUCAAUGACGCCCGCCAGAGAGACAUCCAUAGUUGGCUAGAUGUGAACCCACGUCUACGACACGAGAUAUUCACAGACGACAGUGCAGAUGAGUACGUUCGUGAGCAUUUUGCCGACUACCCAGACGUCCUUGACCACUAUCUCUCUCUUCCGGUGCCAAUCCUAAAAGCGGAUCUCCUUCGUCUAUUGAUCUUACAUGUUGACGGAGGAAUUUGGAGCGAUCUUGACGUGACAUGCCACAAACCAAUUUCUACCUGGAUUCCGGAACAAUACCAGAACAGAACAAAUGUUGUUGUCGGUUUGGAGUUCGACGGGUCCCAGUUCGCGAGUUGGACGAUCAUGGCAAAACCCAAGACAAGCCAUAUCGUAGCGACCAUCAAAUAUGUCGUCGAUAAACUGAAAGCGACUGCUGCACAGCACCAUGUGACCACCGCCGGACUUAACAUGACGAUGAUCACCGAUGUGGUAGAUCUCACGGGCCCACAGGCGAUGACUGUUGCCAUAUUGCAGAACCUGCAAAAGGAAAUGGGCGUUCCUGUCGGCCGAGCGAAUAUAACCAAUAUCAAAGAACCCAUCCUAUUUCAGGACGUGCUCGUGCUGCCUAAUGCGGCUUUUGCCUCUAGACAGGGUGGCUACCCGACGGAUAGAGGGCCAUAUCUUGUUGAACACCAUUACGCUGGCUCUUGGAAGAAUGUCAAUGGUGGCGAGACAAAAUCGUGA